AUGGCCUCUGAAACUGCCCAGUGGCUAUGCGUGCAGAGGCAGCAGCAGCAGGAGCCGCAGCAGCAGCAAAGGCAGCAGCAGCAGCAGCAGCAGCAAAGGCAGCAGCAGCAGGAAGAGAAGCAGCAAAGAGAGCAGCAGGAAGAAAGAAAGCAGCAGCGAGAAAGAGUGCAGCUGCAAAGGCAGCAGCAGCAGCAGCACGAAAAGCAGCAGCGGGAAAUGGAGCAACAGAAAAAGAAGCAGCAGCAGCAAAGCGAGCAGCAGCAAAGGCAGCAGCAGCAAGGAGUGCGGCAGCAGAAAGCCAAUGAGCUAGAGGGGAAAGAGCAGCAGGAGAAGCAGAGAAGGAGCAGCAAACGAAGAGACGAGCAGCAGCAGCAGCAGCAGCAGCAGCAGCAGCAGCAGCAACAGCAGCAGCAGUGA